UAAAUCUCAUCAGGAAAAAACGAGCUAAACGGAUUAGCUCUGAUGAACCCGAGCUAAAGCGGGCUAAAGAGGGCUAAGGAGGGCUACAGAGGGCUCGAUGACCGAGAAGCCUCGGGAGCUGUGAAGGAUGCUGCAGGGCCCGUACAGCAGUCUGGAUCGGGACCGCCCUCUGAUCCGGGUUCCCUUCACCAGCUUCGCCGUGGCGACGGUUCUGCUGCCGCUCACCGGACUCAUCGCCUGCCUCUUCACCUCCAUCCUCUACCACUACGAGGACGCCACCUACACACACUGCAAGGUACCGAACUACCUCCCCUCCAUCAGCUCGGCCAUCAGCAGGGUCCCUGAACGUUACAUCUGGCGCUCGUGCAUCGGGCUCCACUCGGCGCCUCGCUUCCUAGUCUCCGCAGCAUACUUCAGUUUCUACCGAGGACGCUUCAGCUCGCGCCCCCCUGAGCUGCUGCUGAGCGUCCUCAACCUGAUCUGCAGCCUGACGGAGAACACAGGGCUGCUGCUGCUCACAUACGUGUCCUCCACCGAGACAUACAAUGUUCAUAAGUACGGCUUCGCUGUGUUCAUGGGAAGCUCUCUGCUGCACAUGCUGAUCACCUGCAGACUGUGGAUGGUCAUCAGGAGACACUACGUACACCCAGAGGAGAAGACGUCGUGUGUGUGGAAGCUGCGUCUCUUCCUGUUUAACGUGGGCUGCUUCCUGUCCGCUGCGUAUUUCUUCCGACGCCACAACCAGCUCUGCGAGGCCGGAGUUUACACGCUGUUCUCCCUCUUCGAGUACCUGGUGGUUUUCUCCAACAUGGCCUUCCACAUGACGGCCUUCUGGGACUUCGGGAGCAAAGAGGUGAUCGUAGCCACGCCCCCUGAGGACAAGAGGUACUGACUCACCUGAGGGGGGAGGAGCCUCGCCUGAGAGAGACUCACCUGAGGGGGAGGAGCCACUCACCUGAGAGAGACUCACCUGAGGGGGAGGAGCCACUCACCUGAGAGAGACUCGUCUGAGGGGGAGGAGCCACUCACCUGAGGGGGAGGAGCCACUCACCUGAGAGAGACUCACCUGAGGGGGAGGAGCCACUCACCUGAGAGAGACUCACCUGAGGGGGAGGAGACUCACCUGAAAGGGGGAGGAGACUCACCUGUGGACUCUGUUGGACAUAGUGUUUAUUAUUACAGAGAAUAUAAAAUAUGAAUAAAAACAUUAAUAUUUAAUGUUUGUAUUAUCGCCCGGUUGAAGCUGCUUUCACGCUGACUGUCAGAUUCAAGCUGAAGUCACGUUUAUUUUAAAAAAUAAGACAAUUUCCUGAUUUCACAAAUGUUUUUAUUUUCUGCUUCAGCCUCAUGUGU